UAGUAAUAGUAGUGGUAGUAGUAGUAGCUGAGAAAGUCAUUGAUGUAGUAGUUCUGGUUAUGAUAUUAGCAUUGGUGGCGGCGGUGGUGGAGGGGGGUCGUGGGAAUAAUAGUAAGGGGGAUUUUGUGAGCCACUGGAAUAGCGGUGGUUAAACGUUUACGAUAUAUCAGGCCUGCUGCGGGGGAAAGACUGGUGGUGGUGGUGGUGGUUGGUAACAAUAGUGUAGUUGGUAACAGCGGUGACCUGGAGGCAAGAAAAUAAAUAAAUAAAACUAUAUAGUGUUGCAGUAAACGUAGUGAUGAUAAUGGUGAUAUGAGGAUACGGUGGUGUUGCUGGUGUUAUAAUGUGGGUUAGUAGUGGUAAUAUUGGUGGUAUUAGUAGUGAUGGUGGUGGUCGUAAUAUAUGUAGUAAAUUCAAAUAUUAGUUUUGAAAUUUGAAAAGAAGUGGUAUGAUAAGCUUAUGAGAACAGUAGUGGUAGUAAAUAGUUGUAGUGGUGGCAGUAGUAGUAGUAGUGGUGGUGGUGAAGUAACGCGUUGGUGAUGGUAGUGGUGGUGGUGGUGUUGGCUGGCUGGGGCUGGAUGGCUCGGCUGGCUGGCUGGUUGGUUGGGUCGGCUAACAGCAGCUGCACACAUAGCCAGGCUGGGCCCGGCUUUUAUGCUCGUCACCACGGCUGUUCUUCCUCCCCAUCACCGCCAUGGCAGCUCCAGCAUGUUCUCCUUCUGGUAUGGGCCGCCUCUACUCCCUUCUGGGCCAUCGAAGGCGUUUUUAAUUUAUGAAAGCUGUGCGUGGAUCGGCUGUGGUGGUCUGGCUUUGGCAUCGAUCACGUCUUUCCUCCGCCGGCUGUGGAAAACCCUCCAGCCGUGCUACGCGCUGCCGACCGCCGCCCAUACUGUCUUACCUCGAAGCUCAUCCAGCUGAACCCCGACUGUCUUAAUAUGAAAUAACCGCAAUGGAGUAUAAAUCAAAGCUUAUAUAUGGCUUGGAUGUGUCCUGAGAGGUGGAGGCAGGCUGUGGGAGGCUGUGGAGGGCUGUGAAUCCUACGGCUGCCAGGGUUGGUUCUGAUGCGGCCGCCUGCACCCUGCUGCCACCUGGGGGCCCAAGGCGCGCCGACCACCAUCCUGAUUAAUCACUUUUCAACGGUGUUUUCUCCCCUUUGGUCGUGUAUCAUGAGUGCAGGAGUCACGCAUUAGGUCCCCGGAAGAUCAGGCUGUGAGUUUGGUCUGGUCUGAGGCUCGUGGGAGGUCCAGGGAAGGAGAAAUAUGGCAUAAAAAAGGGCUGUGUCGGGAGGGAGCAGCAGCACCCCGCCACAGUCCCUUGUUCAGCGCCACACACUCGAGUCAGCGGCUUGGUGGUGCAGCGCUCGGCGGCUUCCCUCACGCUUUUCACCCCUAAAAUCGAGGGUCUAGUGGCGAAAAUGUGCCUCAAACGUCGCGCCAGACCUGGAGCAUGGUGUAGUGUGUGAUGUGAGUAGUGAACGACGCCCUGGAAGUGAGAAAUACAUGGUGAAUUGGAGGUGAUUGGAGGUGCGGCGGGAUCGGGUACUCGCGCCGGGGAACUAUCACCACUUUUUGCUGUGUGACUGGAAAUUGUGUUCCCAGCCAUGGUGUACCGCCCUCCUGAGGCUCGGGUGUGACCUGCAGGCGGAGUGACGAGGGGAGGUGGCGCCCGUGGUGGUGGCAGUGAAGGCGCCGCAGUGGUGGUGGUGUAGGAGUGGUGGUGAAGGCGCCGCGGUGGUGGUGGUGGUGGUGACGCUCGGUUACUCUCGCCGGGCCAGAGGUGGUGUUGGUCGAUACUGCCGGCCGCUGUUCCCUCACAACACACCCACUUAUUUUAUCCACCACGCCGCCCGUACGCCCUCUCCUCCACGCCCACGGCCGCCACACAGCUUCCCCCCGGCAGGAGCGCCCGCCACCGCGCGGCCCUGGAGACCCUCACGUCAUACAAAAAGGAGGCGGCGGGGACGGGCCAUGAGUGUGGCGGUAGCGGACGGUUGUCAGCACCGCCCCAGCAUCCCACCAGCACCCCCCAGCCCCAGCCCCCGCAGCAGCAGGCGCAGCAGCAGGCACAGCAGGCUGGAAUGAGGGUGUCCCCCGCCCCUCCCCUCACUGCCGGAGCUAAUCCACCUCACCCACCACACUCCCCACACAUGUCUCCAGCUGUAGGAGGUCCGGGGAGUGUGGUGAUGCCCCCUCACCCCGGCAGCGGUCAGAGUGACAGCCGAGGCAGCAACAUGCACGCCCCUGGCUACCCUCCGGCGGCCCCGCCACACAUGUCCUCGGGGCCGCCGCCGGGGCCACACGGCUACUCCUCAAAGAUUGGCCACCUACCCCCUGGUGCACCCCCAGGGCCAUCCUAUGGCCAGGCCACCUACCAGGGAGGCCACCAGUAUCCCCCAGUGAGGGCACAGGGUCCCAUGAUGCAGCCGUACCCUCAAAACUUUCCCCCGGGAGCCCCCCAGAGCUCUCAAGGGUCCCCCUCCUCCAUGCCCCCUGGGCCCCAGUACCCCCCACGGCCCCCGCACAACAACCACGUCCCCCCAAACACGCCAUACGGGUAUCCUCCAUUCGGGCCGCAGGGCUGGGGCGCACAGGGGCCGCCGGGGCCAGGCAUGUCCAGCUCCAUGAUGCCCGGGGCCCCCAGCAUGGCGGGCAAGGGUGGCCCCGUCCAGAUGCCCAGCCAGGUGGGGCAGCCCGGCGGCAGCGUGGGUGGGCCGCGCCCCCACACUCCACCCCACAGCCACUACCUGAAGCACAUCUCCAAGUUUAGCAACUACACUGGGCCACAGAUGUACCCCAACGGCCCGGGGAUGGCUGGCCUGCCCCCGGGUGUCCCCAACAGCAGCCGGGAGAGUCCACAGAACAACAUGCCUCCCCCAACCUCCACCCCGCAGCCCCUAACACCCUCCGGUGCCCCGUUGGAGUCAGCUGAGCAUGCCCCUGCCCCGGCCCCGGCCCUCAGCAACAGCAAUCCACCAUCCAUUGGCCCCGACGGGAACCCUGUGGUGGAUGAGGCAUCGCAGCAGUCCACUGUCUCCAACAACUCUGCUGCCUCUGGAGAGGACCGCUCAGUGACCCCCAAGCCCCACAAGGAAGGGCCACUAGGAGGACCGACAAUGCCCGGCGGAAUGGGCGGCUCGCAACAUCCACCCUCACAUCCCCCAACACCCAUCAACUCAGCCUCCUCCCCCGGUGCUGUCUCCAUGAACUCUCAGCAAGACGAAUUCGAAACCGUGAACUCCCCGGGCUGGCCAAGAAGCCCCAGCACACAGACGGUGUAUGCUAACAGUCAGCCACCCCCACCCCCUGACAUCUACAGACCAACAAAGCCUGGGGAGAACCUGGCUCGUCUGUAUGAGAUGUCAGAUUCCCCAGAGAGGAGGGCGUGGCUUGACAAGUUACUGGCGUUUAUGGACGACAACAAGACCCCCAUAACUGCCUGCCCCACCAUCAGUAAGAACCCGCUGGACCUCUAUGCCCUCUACCUCCACGUGAGGGAGCGGGGCGGCUUUGUGGAGGUAACCAAGAACAAGCAGUGGAAGGACGUGGCGGCAGUGAUGGGCAUUGGGGCCUCUUCUUCAGGCUCAUACACGCUGCGCAAACACUACAUGAAGCACAUUCUGGCCUACGAGUGUAAGUUUGACAGGGGCGGUGUUGACCCCCAGCCCAUCAUCAACCAGAUAGAGACGGCGGCCAAGAAGAAGACAACCAAAACCAUCUCUGUGCCGUCGCCUGGAUCCUCAAACUCCCAGGACUCCUUCCCCCCCGCUGGCUCGAACUCCAGCUCUCUUGAUGGCUUCUCCAAUGGGCCCCACGUGCCGGGUGGCCCAGGUGUGCCAGGCCCCUACCCGCAGUACCCGCCCUCAUCAGAGUACGGCGGUCACUUGCCCCAGCGCCAACCUGCCCAAGCAACAUCAGGGUAUCAGGGGUACCAAGGAAGUCAGUACCAAAGCUAUCACGGUAUGCAGGGUGGGUACACUCAGGCAGGGUACCCCAACUCUGGCUACCCCCCUGACGGACGUGGGUAUCCUCCCCCAGGGCCCCCCAAUCACCAGGGCAGCUACCAGGGGUCAUACCAGCAACCAGGGGGGUACCAGCGCCCUGCAUACACACAGGGACAACCAGGGUUCCAGCAGGACCAGUACCCAGGGAUGGGCACUAGCGGCAGCAGCUACGGCAACUCCCAAUUGGCCAAGCAACUGCUGAACCCCCCUCGCAGCGCUGCUCCCAUAUACCAAGGUUACCAGGGGGGAAGCAUGUACCCGCCCCAGAAGUCCGGGUCAGCCCCCAGCCCCGGCCCACCUGGCCCCGCUCCCCCUGCCGGCCCCUACCAGGCGGGGCCAAGACGACACCCAGACUUUGAGAAGACGCAGCCCCCAGGUUGGAGGACCAACAAUCAGUACGGAGGGUUUGCGGGGCAGAGCCAGCCGGGGCCGCCCCAGCAGCCGUGGAGCAGACCCAAUGACUCCACACCGCCCGGGGCACCGGCCGCACAGUGGAGUCAACCCAGGUUUCCAGGAGCCCAACCUCAGUUCCCGGGAACGGUGAGUGUGGGUCGGGGUUGGUCGGGAGGCAGCUUCACCCAGAAUGUAGGGCCCAGAGCACAGGGCCCAGGCUCCAAACAGAAUUACCUAGUUCCUCCAGGUUCUUCAUUCAAGGCUGGUGCUGGGCUAUACGGCUAUACAGGCAAGCACCAGUUCCCCCUAGACAGUGUGGAGGCGGUGUUGCCAGUGCUGGCUCGCAGAAAACGGAUGACUCGCACUGACCUGCCUACCUGUGACCCCUGGAGGCUUCUCAUGUCCCUCAGGUGUGGGUUAGCAGCUGAGGUGACUGCUCUGGACGUACUCAACAUCCUGCUCUUUGACGACCAGACGGUGGUGUAUGGGCUGCACCACAUGCCGGGGUUGCUCGAGGCCCUUAUAGAGCACCUGCGCCGUGGCCUCAUCAACAUGUUCGAUAUCUGCUCGGAGUUGGAGCUCGGGCGUGAUGACGAGGCAACGGGAGCCAACAAGAGGGUGAAGGCGGAGCAGCACGAUUUAUCCGACCGGCCUUGGUACCUGCGGCCUCCACCCUCGCCCACCCUUGACCUGGACUUGGGAAGGCUGGACGAUGACGACCCAUCCAACAAGGAGGAGGUGCUGCGCGGGACUGAGGACUUCACCCUCAUCACCAAGACCGGGAAGAGUGUCAAAUUCGUGCGACGGGACGGGGAGCUGUUCCUGCGGGAGGGAGUGCGGGAGUGGGACAAAUGGGAGGGAUUCAGUUCUGGGGUAGACACGUGGUCGGUAGGUGGAGGGGAGUGCACCGCCCACAUCAUCUGUACCAUGCAGAGUGCCGUGCCUCCGCUGGUAUUCACAAGGCUACUCCCAGGGAAGGAUGGCAAGGUGGACUAUCCUCUGCAAACCCGCAUCAAGGAGGAGGUGAAGGAGGAGAUUAAGAAGGAGACGGAUCAGCAGGAGGAGAGUGUGGUGAAGAAGGUGAAGGUGAAGGAAGAAGUAGAGGAGGAACCGAAGCCAGAAGAUAAAGAGGAGAAAAUGGAGGUGGUACGGGUGAAAGAGGAGCUGGAGGAGGAGCAGCAACAGGAGGAGGAGAUGGAGGUAGCGGAAGAAGAGGAGGAGGAGGAAGAGGAGGAUACCUCCAACACCAACUCGACAAAACAGCCUCCCCUUGCACCUCCACUGUCGAAAAAGGACCGGGUGUCGGACCUGCUAGCAGAGAUGAAGGAGAAGCGGGUGGGCAAGAUGGAGGACCAGCUGACGAGGGAAAAGUGUGACAACUCCAAAGACAUCAAGGCCACUUUUGGGCCACGCGUCAACAGAGUCAACAACUCCGGCAAGAGCAAGCUGGAUGAGAUCUUCAAGCGCCUCAACAAGGACUCGUCGCAGGACACCCACAACGCCACCGACAGCAAAAAGCCGGUGAAGGAGACAAGCAAUGGAGGUCCAGCCCUGAAGAAGGACAGUGAGUCUCAGCCAGCACAGCCCCAGCCACCACCACAGCUGCAACCACAGUCAAAGGAGGACAACAACAGCAGCAGUAACAACACCACUACCACCCCCAACAACACCAACAGCAGCAGUAACAGUAGUAGUGGUGGUGCAACAGCAGCGGCAAAACCAGAGCAGGUAAGCAGUGAAUCAACAGCUACGGAAAAGAAGACUGAGGAGCAGAGCCCAUGCGUGUUGACCAAGCGACCAGCCUCAAAGGAGCAACUGGAGCGGAGGGAAAGCAGCGGCUCACGGCGGGAGAGCGGGUGCUUCAAACGGCCUCACGAGGACCUGGAGGAGGAGGCUUGGGGUCCUGAUGAGGCGCCACUGAGCACCACCACUGAGGGCAGGACUGGCUGGCGCCGUGUCAUCUGCGGCACAGUGAUCCGUAACCUGUCCUUCAUCCCCGGCAACGAGGACAUCAUGAGCAAGUCUGCCUCACUGCUAGCACUGCUGGGCAAGACUAUCCUGCUCCACCAUGACCACCCUCGCCGCACGCCCUCCACAGCACACUAUGACCGCGACGAAGAGGCCGACCUGAGUGACUGGUGCAGCUCGCUGGCCCCUGACACACACUGGUGGUGGCCCCUCCACCACGUGCACGAGAACACCUUGGUCACCCUCGCCAACAUGGCUGGCAACCUGGACCUCUCCGUGUACCCCGAGGAGAUCUCCCGCCCCCUGCUGAAUGGCCUCCUGCACUGGGCCACGUGUCCUGCCUCCUACGGCCAGGAUCCCUUCCCGGGGGGCGGCACCUCCCCACAGUCGUCCCUGUCGCCGCAGCGGCUGGCCCUGGAGGCACUGGUGAAGCUGUGUGUGCUGGACCAGAACACUGACCUGGUGCUUGCCACGCCGCCCUUCACCCGCCUCGACAACCUAUGCGGCCAGCUGACUCGUCUCAUGUGCCGCGGCGAGGACCAGGUGCUGCGCGAGUUCUCCAUCAAUCUGCUGCACUACUUCUCUGCUGCGGACAGUGGCGUGGCUCGAGUCAUUGCCAUGCAGAACGGGUGCGUCUCACUGCUGGUGGCCUUCAUCGAGGAGGCAGAGCAAGCAGCCAUGAAUGUGGCCAAUGUGCAGGGGGUGAGUGCCCUCAAAGAGAACCCUGAGCUCAUGGGGACAAGCCUAGAUAUGGUGCGGCGCUCAGCCAACACCCUGGUGCACCUCUCCAGGGUACCAGCCAAUGCGCGGGUGAUCUCUGGCACCGAGAACCGCCUCCUCACGCUUGUCAUGAGCCAAAUCCUUGACACCUAUGUGGCCUCUCAGCUCUCCCAGGUGCUGUUCAAUGUGGCCCAUUUGCAGGGUGAGGCCUCCCAGUACUCCCCCAGCCCAUCCCCACCCUCCUCCCCGGCCCCUGCACAAUCCUCAGACGUCUCUAGCACAGCCACUCUCCCACCACUCCCUCUCCCUCUGCCCAUCCCCCUGUCUGUCCUUCCCCCUGUCUCCCUCCCUGUACCCCCGCCCUCUGCUGCACCUGUAGCCACCCCAGCCCCUGCCCCUGCUACCACCACCACCCCUCCUGCCCCUACCACAACCACCACCCCAACAACUACUGUCACUGCUCCCUCUACCACAGCCCCGACUUCAACCCCCACUACAAGCCCAACCACUACUACCACCCCUGCCACAACCCCAAACCCCACCCCAGCUUCUGUCCCCGCACCGACCCCAGCCUCAGCAUCAGCCCCCACCCCUGCUGCAGCUCCAGAUGGCCCCACAGACCCCAAGUCCCCAGUAGGUGAUGCCCCCAGCAAUCCAGCCCCUGCUGCAGCCCCGGCCACAACUCCAGUCCCAGCCACCACCACGGCCCCAGCCCCAUCAUCCCCCACCCCAGCGCAGGCCCCAGCCCCUGCCGCAGCAGCCCCCACCCCCACCUCAGCCCCAGCAGUUAAUCAUGACUCAGCAGCCCCCAGUGAGUUGGAGAAGAGCACUAGCAAUGCCACGUCAUCAGGGAGCCCCAACCCGGAGCCAGCCCCUACCCAGCCCCCCUCCUCACCCUCCUCCUCCACCACAUCCACAACCACAACCACCACCACCACCACCACCACCACCACCACUCCCUCCACCCAAUCCUCCACCUCCACCACUACCAUCGCUACAACCACAACCACCACCACCUCCACCACAACAAACGCCUCACACCCCACGGCAUCAUUAAGCUUAGGUAAACACUCCAGCUUAUCUCCUUCCCCCAACCCAGUCCCUGCCACCCCCAACACCCCCCAGAUGGCUCCCCUCCCCGUCAAGACCCUCUCCGCCCCCCCCACACAAACCACAAAUUCAGAUUCGACCUCAAAGUGUGAGCCCUGGCGGCGUGGCGGGCGGCGGCAGCGGAGCCCCGCAGCCAACUCCUCAUCUUAG